GAUAUCCUAACUAAGGGUAGAAUGUUGCCUGGAACGGGUGGGUUUAAGUCUCUACCCUGCCCAUUUUUCGAGGAUGGGAACUGUAAUCGACCUUUCUGCCAUUUUAAACAUAUUAAAUUAGACUGUGAAAAUGUAUCCGUCCCAGCUACCGAUGCAUACAUCACCGCUCCGUCCAUACACUCCGGUUGGGAGCCGGAGAAUAAUCCUGGAUACCAAACCAAACCCGGAUACAGUACCGCCCCCUCCAGCUGCACUACAAUGCAGUACAGUACACAGGGUACUGCUAGCUGCAGCACAAACAGCAAUUCUUCAGAAUAUGGACCAGUUCCUACCACUGCUCCCCCUCCUUCUGUAGCUGCUUCUGCUUCUGUAGCAGCAUCUGGAGUUCCAGCUGUUGUUAAUGAUGCUGCUGCCACUUCAAUUAAUGCAGCUCCGACUUCUCUUCUUGCUUCCGGAGGACAAGGUGGUCUACUUUCAGGAGGACUCACUGGAGAACAAGAAGGAGGACAAGUAGGAGAAAUUGCAGGAGGAAUUGCAGUAGGCCAAGCAGGAGGACAAGCAGGAGGACUUGCAGGCGGACAAGCAGGAGGAUUAGCAGGGUUAAUUGGACUUGGAGGAUUAAGUGGACUAGGAGGAUUAGGUGGACUAGUGGGACUCGGAGGACUUGCUGGAGCCCAAGCAGGUGGAUUAGGUGGACUAGGUGGACUAGGUGGAUUAUCUGGACUAGGAGGAUUAGCUACAGGACUAGUUGGUGGACUGGAGCAGCAGCGUUUAGAAACCUUGAUCCAAGAUGCUGUUCGUAAGGUUUUGUUGGGAGAACUUGCUCAAGUAGUGAAACCACAGGUUGAGGUGAAGGAGGAGGUGGAUGAUGAUAUUAUUGUCGAGUACUGUGAUAUUAAACCAGCAAAUCAGGCCCAGGUCAAAUCAGAGUGGACAGAUGAGAGCCUCAAAGCUAGUGUUGAACCAAGACCAAAAAUAUUCAUACCUACCCCGGAUAUACCGGUAUACAACCCUACUCCGAUAUCGGAACUAGAGAAGAGGAAAAGUUUGGAGCAAGCAGAACCCGUGCCUGGACCUUCAACACUAGCAGGCAUAUCCAGUGGCGUAGUAGCGGCAGCAUCAUUAAUAUCCAAUAAACCUGCUCUUAAACCUAAACUUACUAAAGGAAAAAAAACAUUUUCGUAUUCUGCUCCGGAGAAAUCUGCUGAUGCUGUCUUCGGGGAUAUGGGAGACAUGAGUGAAUCUGAUGAAGAUUUGGAGACCCCUGAUGUAUUGGGAUCAAUUCUCAAGGAAGGGAACAAGAGUGGGGUUCUCACUGGGGGAAUCAGAAAUACUUUUGAAGAGGAAGUCAUCAAGGAACGGUGGAAGUUGCUGAAGAAGAAGCUGGACAAGGAGGAGAAGGAACAGGCCAGGGAGGAGGGAGAAAAUUUUGAAGAAGAAGAAGAAGAAGAAGAGGAAGAAGAAGAUCAAACAAUCGAUCAAUGUGACAAGGUUUCUAGUUCUAUUGGGGAUGUGGAGAAGGGACAGGAUAAAAAGAUUGAGAGUAAAGAGGAGAAGGAAGCAAGACUUCUGAAAGAAGAGGAGGAGGAGAUUAAAAAACUUGAAGCGAAGAGGAAAAUUCUUGAAGAUUAUUACAAAUUUAAGAUGAAAGAGAAACAGAAACCGGAAGAGACGGAAAAGAAGGAUAACGAAGAGAAAGAGAAGAAGAUGAAACGAGAAAAGGAAAGAAAAGACAAUUUACUAGGGAAGGAAAAAAACAAAUCGUCUGAAGAAACCUGGAGAUUAAGUAAAUCAAAACAUUCACACUCGUCAAAACACAAACACUCGUCCAGAAGCCGGGAAAGAUCAAAACAUAGAGUUGAAAAGUCAAAAUCGUCCAAGCACAAGUCAAGAAAAAGACGAGACAGUAGCAGCAGUUCAGAAUCAGAUUCUAAUGAUAUUUCUGAUUCGUCAGAGACGGAUCACUCCAGCUCAGAGUCGGAGCAGGAGACAAGGAAAAGAAAGAGGAGAAAGGAAAGAUCUAGACACAGCAAAAGUAAGAAGAAGAAAAGAGAAAGAAGUUCAAGCUCAGACUCGUCAGAGAGAAAAAGUAGGAAAAAAACUAGAAAAUCGCCAGAAAGGAGUAAGCAUAAAAAAUCCAGCCAUAGCUCUAAAAAUAAAGAUGUAAAUAAGAAAGAAAAGUGCACUGCAGAGAAGUCUAAAUCAAAACAAGAAAUAAUAAUAUCUCCCGAAAUAAAAUCUGAUAUUAAAACGGAUCCUACUCCAGACCCAAUCCCUGACUGUGAUGCGACAGAUCCAUUUCUUAUGGCAGAGCUUAAAAUCAAGGAACUUUUAGGACUCAAGAAAACCGAGUUUACAACAUCCGUUCCAAAACCUUUAAAAUCAGAGUUAAAAAUUGAACCUGAAGUUAAUGUGUCGACGAUUGACGAUUUUAAAACUGAGGAUAAAUUUGGAACUUCUGACCUUGGUGUGUACAAACCGGAAAUCAAGCUGCGUUGUUUCGCUGAGUUGGCCGGCGCCGAGAAUCCGGUCGAUCCUAGCACUAAGAAUAUUUUCGAUGUUGGAGAAACUUUUGAGGAGAUGGUUCGAAGGCAUGAGCCUGGAUGGCAGGACGUGGAUCUAGGAGCUGGAACAGGAUCUAACUUGGAGAAUUCAAAUGAGAGUUGGGAUGAAAACCCGGGGAAUCAAACCUCUUUCCUUGAAGCUAUCUCGGCACCUGGAGUUAAAAAGAAGAAAGAUGAAAAGCAGAAGUCCUCAUCAACAUGGGAAGAUGGGGAUAAGAAAGAAAUGAGAAAAGACAAGGACAAUGAAAAGAUUCGAAAAGACGAAAAGUACAAGAAGGACGAGAAAUGCAAAAAAGAAGAGAGAUACAGAAAGGACGAGAAGCAUAGAAAGGACGAGAAGCAUAGAAAGGACGAGAAGCAUAGAAAGGACGAGAAGCAUAGAAAGGACGAGAAACAUAGAAAGGACGAGAAACAUAGAAAAGACGAGAAACAUAGAAAGGACGAGAAGAAAAGAAAAGAUGAGAAGAAAAGAAAAUCAGUUAGGGAAAGAUCUGGCGAUGAAAGAAUAAAGAGUGAUCACAAAAGAAAGAGAUCUAGAUCAAGAGAAAGAGAUUCGAAAGAAGAAAAAAUCAAGAAUAAGGACGAGAGCUCCAGGUGUGUCGAGGAACAGGAUCAGGAUGAGUUCAACGUAUCUCCAGAUAGGAGUUCUCCGCUGCCUGAUUUUACUGAAGAGCUUGCACUUCUUCCAGAUCUAGGAGAAGAUGAUAUUGAUGCAGAUAUGGACGCAAUGUUUGCUGGUAUGGAGGAGGAUGAUGAUGAGGAGCUCCAGAGGAUUUUUAAGGAUUACAAGGCGGAGACAAAGACCAGCCAGCAUCAGGAUCCGGCCAGAGCUGAACUGGCAGCUGUAGAGAAAAAUAGCGAGGUUGAGGUUGGAGGACGGAAACGAGUUGCGUAUCAUGGUGCUAAGGAAAAUGCAGAGUCUCGACGCCCCCUUCACCAACGGAAACCUCAGUUGCGGACUCCGGCCCAGGCCCUGAUGGAGAGGUACAAGAGGUUACAGGAAAUGCGGCAGCAGAAUAUCAUUGAGAAGCGGCUAGAGCAAAUGACUAGUGAUGAAACUCCUGAACUUCCCUCUCAAAGUGAUGGUGGAGGAAGACGAGUAGCACAUCAACCUAAGGAAGCUGCUCCUGUUCUUAGUAAAAUAAAACAACAGCUCAUCAACAGACAACCCAGUUUAGAUAGAAAUGAGGCUGGUCCUAGUAGCUCUGGAGGACCGGAGUUACCAUCAACUACUGCUCAGACUACUAAAGGGAAAUCUCGUGUAGCACAUACACCUACUAAUGUAGCUGCCAUCAAACCCAUAGUCACGCCUGACCCAAGGAGUAAGGUUCCCAACAAUAUUCGACAGAGAUACCUAAACUCUAUAGUAGAGGAGUGUGUGAAGAUCUAUGCUGGAGAUGAGCUGCAGGCGUAUCCCAGAGCAGAGAAGGAAGAGCAGGACUGCUCUAGGAAAGCAUCGAGUAGGAUGAUCUAUCUCAACCUUGUGGUCAACAAGAUCAAGAAACUACGAACUGAAGCUGCUGAAGCAGAAGCUGCUGGGUUUAAACCUUCUCCUUCUAACAUUGAUCCUAAGAAUAGAUCAAUGCUCACUACACAUAUGCAGGUGCUGGCAGGCAGGCCAGGAACUAUUGGCACGUGGAGUAUUGAGAAAGUCGUGAGGUUGCGUGAUGAAGAUAUUGAUGAAGAUAUGUUAUAUGGGGUAAUGCGCCAGUUUCUUCUCACUGAAGAACAACUAGUUGACAAUGGGUUUCCCCGUCCCGAUCCAGAGGAGCGUGGUCGUGCUGUGGUAAAGAUAGAUCCCUUGAGAGUUGUGAAACGUCCAGCGGACCCAGAUGCUAGAGUUUGUGACAGAUGUAAAGUUGAGUAUAGAGUGGAUAAGUUUGGAAUGCAGAUAAAGAAAGAAGAUUGUAUUUAUCAUUGGGGAAGAAUAUUUAGAAAACGAGGAGACAGAGCUACUGGUGGUAUGCAGAGUGUAUUCUACUGUUGUCAGCAGAAUGCGGAUUCUACAGGAUGCCAGGUGUCGCAAGUUCACGUGACUGAUGUGCUUGAUUACAAUAAUAUGCGUGGAUUUGUGUCUACUCUGGACCGAGGAGCACACAGUGGAAGGGUAUUCGCUCUAGAUUGUGAAAUGUGCAAUACUACAGAGGGCAAUGAACUGACUCGUGUAACUGUGAUUGAUUAUCUGGGAAACGUUUGUUACGAGACUUUAGUCAAACCAGAGAAUACUAUUAUUGAGUACAAUACAAGGUUCAGUGGAAUAACUGCCAAGGAUUUAGAUGGAGUUACUACUAAUAUCAACCAAGUUCAGGCGGUUCUUCUGUCCAAGUUUCAAGCAAAUGAUAUUCUGAUUGGGCACAGUCUGGAGUCUGAUCUUAAAGCAUUGAAGAUUCUGCACAACACUGUUGUUGACACCAGUGUUGUAUUCCCGCACAAAAUGGGUCCGCCGUACAAGCGCGCCCUCAAGUUCCUUGCCGCAGAUCACCUCAAAAGAAUUAUUCAAAAUGAAGAGGGUGGACACGACUCCAAAGAAGAUGCCCUCGCCUGCCUCGAUCUCAUGAAGCUAAAGGUUAAAGAGGAAGUCAAGAAACUUCAGAAGAAAGCCAGGUUGCAAGCUCAGCACAGUUGAAGAUCUUUAAAAAGACAAAAAGAGUCAUAUUUACGCCUUGCUACAUCAAAGCGUGGUUUUAGUCUAAAGUCCAGUUUACUAAAAUAAAUAAAAUCUUGGCUA